AUGAAGUUUUUAUUCCUGUCUGUCUUGAUCGUCUUAACUUCUGCUGCUGUUGUGCUUGGAGUACCCGUACCCCCAUCAACAGGAAGUGAUGCUUUGAGCAUUAAAAUCAAUUUGCCUCAGCCUGGGACUGUGUGGAAUGCCGGGUCCUUUCAGCACAUCGACUGGAAAAACCCUCAGGACCAUGCCUCUUAUUACAAUAUUACUCUCUAUAAGGGAGAAAAGAUACCAAAUGCGUACGAGCGUGUGCUAGUCAAGGACAUUGCUGCAGAUCUAGAGUUUGCAAGAAUACAUGUAUCAGAAGAUGUUGUUCCUGGAGAUGAUUAUUGGAUCGAGAUUGGAUCGGGUAAAUUAAAGACAUUUGUAAAGUACUUGACUAUCAAGGCUGCAGAUUCGUCCUAUAACGAUUCGUCAGAGGGGUCUGAUUAUCCUAGCUCUGAAGAGUUGCAAAAGAUUAAUGAACUUCCGUUGUUUGGAAGUAAUGGAUUCUAA